AUGACCCGAUCCAACCCGUGCUUCUCGCACAUCAUUAUCAACCCUUCCUCCAUGUUCUGUUCUGUACCGCGCUGUGCUGUGCUGUGCUGCGCUGAAAUUAAGAUACAAAGCCCCAAAAAUAGAACGACGAUGGACAUUCCCGCCGCUUGUUGCAGUAUAACACCCAACGUUAGUCGACUUUUCAAACGCCGUAACCCGCAAUGUCCCCAUAAUGAAUUUGAUGAAAAACAACUGCUGCAUGCGCAUGGAUGCCCGUGGCUUGAUCGAUCACUCCCACAGCAAUGUACGUCCUGCCUCAAUGAGCGAGCAUCCCUUUGA